UUCCGUAGUCUGUGUCCCUUAUCCUUAAUGUCGGGUUGUCUGUGGUGCGUGGUGGAGACUGGAGUUAAGCGAGAGAAAGGUGUUGAUAAUAAAAACAAAAACCUAAAAUUGAGAGACCUUAGCCUUGAUCGAUAAAGAAUCUAAAGAAGCAACAUAAAGAUUGUGCCAAUGGAUGCUAUUGUUUCAACACCGGAGGAAACGGCUUCAGAUUUAGAAGAGAAUAUUAAGGUAACCAGAAAUCCUACCAAUAGUGGAAACAAUGAAAGUUUUACUUCACGGUCAACUUCUACUACGGACAUACACCAACUUGAGGAGAAAAUGAGACGCAAGUUGCAGUUUUUCUUUAUGAAUCCGAUCGAGAAAUGGCGAGCAAAGCGUAAAUUUCCGUACAAAUUCGUUGUGCAAGUGAUUAAAAUAGUAUUGGUAACACUCCAACUUUGCUUGUUUGCCCAUAACAGAUACAAUCAUGUAAAUUACACCUGGGAUAAUCGUAUAAGUUUUUCUCAUUUGUUUUUACUUGGAUGGGACUCUACUCGCGAAAUUAAUGCCUAUCCUCCUGGCGCAGGGCCUUUAGCUGUAUACAAACUUGAUGAGUUUUACAAUACCCUUGAUUUUGCUUAUAGUGGCUAUACAAAUAUAUCCAAUGCCAUUGGCCCAUAUUCAUAUGACAAUGAAGAUAACAAUAUGACAGAACCUGUUUUUUGCCAAUACAAUUACAAAAAAGGUAUAAUCAAUGGAUAUAAUGAAAGCUAUGAAUUUAAUUCAGAGAUUGUUAAAAGUUGUAUUAAUUUUACAAACAGUGAGGGGCAGCUAUUUACUUCUAAACAAUAUUUGAAUGAUACAGGGUUAAACAUAAACUUUGCAGCAUUAGUGAGAGCAGAACUUAUGUUUUCUUUGAAGACUAUAAAUUUAAGAGCAGCUGGGCCAAUUACACCACCUGAUUGUUAUCGUUUUGAUAUUGCCAUAAUAUUUGACAAUGAAGAUCAUGAUGGUCAAAUGUCCUUAACCCUGGAAGCUGAACCUUACAAACUUGCCUGCAAAGGUGAUCAAGCUUAUAUUACUGAUAACCAAAUUGACCAAGUUUUGAGAAGCAUUUUGAAUAUAUUUGUGAUAAUUAUUUGUAGUGUAUCACUUAUGUUGUGCAGUAGAGCUAUUUAUCGUGCACAACUAUUGAGAAAAUUGACCAACCAAUUCUUUAUUAAAACAUAUGAUCGACCCUUAAGUUUGGAUGGCAGAUUAGAAUUUCUAAAUAUGUGGUACAUAAUGAUUAUUGUUAAUGAUAUCUUAAUCAUUAUGGGAUCUGCUAUCAAAGAACGAAUCGAACGAAAUCAAUUUACAAAUGAUCAGUGGAAUGUUUGCUCCUUGUUUUUGGGAACAGGGAACUUAUUAGUAUGGUUUGGAGUACUUCGAUAUCUAGGAUUCUUUAAAACAUAUAAUGUUGUUAUACUAACAUUGAAAAAGGCUGCUCCGAAAAUCUUUAGAUUUUCAUUUUGUGCUCUUCUUUUAUAUGCAGGCUUCAUGUUCUGUGGAUGGCUUAUACUUGGUCCGUACCAUAUGAAAUUCAGAUCACUUGCUACCACAUCUGAAUGUCUUUUUUCAUUAAUAAAUGGAGAUGACAUGUUUGCAACUUUCUCAAUCAUGUCCAAGAAAUCACCAAUGUUAUGGUGGUUCAGUAGGGUUUACUUGUACUCAUUUAUUAGUUUGUACAUUUAUGUUGUACUCAGUUUAUUUAUUUCGGUUAUCAUGGAUGCAUAUGAUACAAUUAAACAAUAUUAUAAAGAAGGCUUUCCAAAGAGUGAUUUGCAGCAAUUUAUUGGUGAAGCAAGCAUUAAUGAAGUGUCUUCAGGCUUAUACAGAACUCAGAGUUCAACAUCUUUAAAUGCAUUCAUGAAUUCCUUGUUUUGUUGCAAUGUGUAUCGAAGUGCUUAUUCAAAAAUAGGCGGUAGUUCCACCUUUAAUAUGUUAUAGGCUCAAAUGUUUAAAAUUAGUUUAAAUUGUUUGUAGCUGUAUUGUAAAUAUGUACUGUAAUGUAUAUUAGAUGUUCUUUGAGUUACCAAAGUUGUACAACCACUGAUAAAAGGUGGCUUUAUAAUAUUAUUAUGAUAAUAAUUAAUUUAAUUAAAUUUUUUAUACUAGAAAUUAAUUAAUCAUAAUCAAAUACGAAAUAUAAUUAUUAUAAGGUAAUACCUGAAUACAGGCAUUGUAUUUAGGUAUUCUGUCCAUUAUACCGUGAUAUAAUAAAGCAUGUUCAUAUCAA